GAGGGGAAAGCAAAACUUAUUGAGAAAGGUAUAAGAAACUCACAGAUACAAACCCAUGAAUCAAUGAAUCCCUAAACCCUACUCCGCACAGAAUCUCAAUCGUUCAAGUGGAGCAUCGAGACAUACCAAGAUCCUUAGGUAAAGAAAUGUCACCGAUGGCAAAUGAUAAGAAUUUCAUUUCACACAAUAUAUUCAGAGUCUCCCGCCUCUCCACUUCUUCUAAUCCCCAUCCUAUCCUACCCUUCACCCUUCACUCUCUCGCAGUCUCUCCUGCUUCCCUCUCCGCCAUCAAAUCAUCAUCCCCACUGUCGCUUGAUCAUCACGUCGUCACUCUCGCUUUGUCCAUUUUCUUGUUUCUCCUCUGAGGCACCAUUGUUUUUCUAUUUUCAAAUACCCAUAUAUCAAACAAUCCCCAGUGCCUCCUCGAGAACUUACGAUCUUCAACUAAUUUGAUCGCCCGUGGGGAAUAUCUCUCGUUUUGUUUCGAAUUUCUAGAUACCCAUUAUUCAAUUUACAAAGUUUCCAAUUCCUGAGUCACAGUCCAUUUUUCAGAAUCAAAACUCUUUCACAGACCUAUCGUUGAACACCCCUUACACUUCCCAUGAGAUCGUGGGAUUGACCCUGGGCCCAUUUUUGCAACAAGAUCCUCCUCUUCCCCAUAUUAAUACUCAAUUUGGGAAUCGGAUCAAAAAUCAUUACAAUAUAAAAUAAAAAUACAUCAUGUCGACACCAAUUCUAGAGACGGAACAAUACUCGUUCCCGGCAUUUUCAACAGACACUCAACAUAACCAUCACCAAGAAUCAUCUCGACAGGAGCAUCGCUCGUCUGAUGAAGAUGGAACUUUAAGAGGUGAACACCCUUACGAUGAUAAUCAUGACCAUCAUGACCACCAUCAUAACCACCAUCAUGAGCAAGAAAUGGAUAACAACCACCUGCGAGUUGCCACAAGUUUUACCAAUGAUCUGGAACACCUCAGCAAAAGAAGUCAAUCCCCAUUAUCUGCUGCAGCACAAAGAGAGCAAUCGCGGCGGCUUGACGAUGAUCUUGAGAUGCUUCGAGUAGAACGCGUAAUAUCGAUCGAAGAGAAGGAAGAUACCCACAGUAUGGGCAAAUCACUGAUAUCGAGAUCAAGGGGAGGAGGUGCAGAACCCAUUGAUGACUUCGACGUCAAUACCACACCCAUCCACGAGAAGACCAAGAUAUAUAGGCCACCAGCACACCCUGCCACGAAACUUGCAAAGUUCUUUAAGAAGGUUCACGGCUCUAGCAUUUUAGUUCGAUAUUUCGUCUAUAUCACGCCAGUGAUGUUACUACUUUUAAUUCCCCUCUUGUUUGGACUUCUUCUUUUUGAAAACACUACAGUUGGAGGUGUGAAGCUUUUCUGGUUUGGGAUUUGGUUGGAAAUUGUUUGGUUGACUUUAUGGCUUGCGAGAGUGAGUAAUCGGAUGAUAUUUUGAAGCAAAACCUCGCUAAUUGCUCCCUAUAGAUCAUCGCCAAAUGCAUCCCGUAUCCAAUGGGCCUGAUUUCCAGCUUAUUCACAAAUAACGACAAGAAAUGGAGAGAUUUAGGGAAAUCACUAGAGGUUCCAGCAACCUUGUUCUUCUGGUGGCUGGCCAUUGAAAUUUCUUUUCUUCCAACGAUGAAGAACCAUCAUCUCGAUGGAAACAAAACAACUCGUGAUUGGGAACUCACUUGCAAUAAGAUCAUCGUGUCGGUUUUCGUCGGAGCAACGUUAAACUUCAUUGAAAAAAUCAUUAUUCAACUCAUUGCCAUCAGUUUUCACUUGCGAACAUAUUCGGACCGAAUCGAACUCAACAAAUUUCAAAUUCAGAGUUUGGUCAAAUUGUACAAAUAUUCAAAGGAAAAGAUUCAAGAGCUAGAUGCGGAUUUUGAGGAUCAUAGUGCGCAGGCGGGUGUUAGGUCUGGAGCACGUACUCCAAUGCUUUAUGUCAACAAAGCGCAGAAAAAUGCAAGAAAUGUCUUUACCAAAGUUGGAGAUGUCGCGGGUAAAGUAGCUGGAGAUUUUACCGGAAGAGCCGUAACAUCGAGUACUCAUCCACAUCAGGUGUAAGUAUUUCUUCAAGCUAUGAAUCCGGACGAUGCUAAUUGUACAUUCUAGGAUCCUCCAGCUUUUGAACACCACGACCGGAUCUCAAGUCCUUGCGAGAAGACUUUACCGAACUUUUGUACAUGAUAACUCGGAUACUAUUCUUGCGGAGGACUUAACACUCGCUUUCGAUAAUGAAGAAGAGGCCGAAGCAGCAUUUACCAUGUUCGAUAAAGAUUUGAACGGAGAUAUCUCCAUGGAAGAACUCGAAACAGUUUGUGUUGAAAUUGGACGAGAACGAAAAGCAAUUACUGCCUCGCUCAAAGAUUUGGACUCCGUCGUCAGUAAACUCGAUAAUAUACUAUUGUUUAUCGUUGUAGUCAUUACCGUAUUGGUCUUCAUCUCUCUAAUCUCCACUUCUGCAUCUGGUGUCUUGACAUCAGCUGGAUCAUCUGUCUUGGCUCUUUCCUGGUUGUUCACUGCUACUGCUCAAGAGUUCUUACAAUCCAUCAUCUUUGUUUUCGUCAAGCAUCCUUUUGAUGUCGGUGACCGAGUCACGAUUUACGGAAACACGGGUUCCAAAUUACAAGGUGAUGAUUACUUCGUGAAAGAAAUUUCUCUCCUCUUUACCGAAUUCAAAAAGAUGGAAGGACACGUCGUACAAGCUCCGAAUAGUUACCUCAAUACGCUUUUCAUCCUGAAUCAGCGUCGCUCAGGUGGGCUCGCCGAAGCAGUCCCUAUCACUGUUAAAUUUGGCACAUCCAUCGAACAACUCGAACAACUCCGCGAAGAACUCGUCAAAUUCGUACAGACCGAAAAACGCGAAUAUCAAGGAAAGAUCAUCACCGAAGUAACAACCAUCUACGAAAACUACUCCAUCACAUUCAACGUCGUCUUCUUCUACAAAUCUAGUUGGCAAAAUGAAUUACUACGUCUCCAACGUCGCAACAAAUUCAUCAUCGCCAUGAUUUGCGCAAUGGAAGAUCUAGGAAUCCAAGGUCCACGUCAACGACUCGCCGGUUUCGCCCAAGAAAAUCCAGUCUACUUCAAUGGAGCCUAUCCACCCCCCUACCAACCCAACCCGGAACAAUCCGAAUUCGGACCCGGUCCACGAUCCGGAUCUCUCGCUCGCGAUCAAGGACCCAUGGGAGAAUACGAACCGCAAACCGGACCACAAAACACCUCCGGCGUAAAUCCCCAUCCAUCCAUCCUCCGCCGCCGAACGUCUACUUCCCAAUCCAACGCCCGACGCCGCGGAGAAUCUCUCUCCGCAAUGAAUAAACGCGUCGACUUCUCCCUUGGCAUGCAAGGAAUGGCCUCGGGCAUGGAUCUCGGCGACGUUUUCGACGAUCGUCCCAAACCACGCAUUCCCAUCCCGGACGUCACUUUGACAUCUGCCUCCCCUGGAGCCCCAUCCCGUCGAAGCCGCGAUACACAAUCCCGCGACCAGGAAGAAAGUCUCGCGCGUCAAUCCACCCAAGAUUCCUCCUCGCGAGGCGCCCAGUUAAAUGAAGUCACCUCAUCUAAUUCCGGACGCGCAAAAACACAUCUUAAUAGAUUUUUCUCCCGAAGAGGAAAAGCUACAGCUGGUAAUUAUAAUUAUAAUUAUCGGGAUAGCAAUAGUAUGGAUGAAGAAGGAACAAAUCUCGAUGAGCUAGAAGCAGGUCUUAAUAUGCAUUCGCACUCUAGAGAUAUUCAUAGUAGUGAGCUGAGGGAUAUACCUGAAGCGUCUGGGAGUACGACGGCGAAUGUUAGUCCUGGGUCUGGGUAUGGGCAUGGGGUGGCAGCUGGAACGAGUGGGAGAAUAGAUCCGAGGUCUGGGAUGGUGAGUUCGCGUGCGGUUGAGUGAGGUGGGGUGUGUAUGGGAUGGAACUGGAGAGCAACUAGAUGAAUUGUUUAUGGAUGCUCAGGUAGCUGGCGUGUUUUGGCCAGCAUAAGUAUUUCCGACUUAUAAGACGGGAGGAAAGAGAAGAGAAGGAAAGAAAAGAAACGAGAUGAAAAAUAAUAUCUAGCGGUCCUUUCAAUUUCAAUUUCGAUUUCAAUUUCGACAUGAAACAACAAAACACGAUACCACAUGAACAUAAAACCAGCUAGUGGAGAUAACUAGUAUAUCAGGAUAAAAGAUUCAAUCCAACCAAUCUACAGGUUUUUUAAUAAUUUAUUAAAAUUUAUAAUUUUAUAUAAAUCCUCAGGGCGAUA